GAAAUCUAUGACCAAACGCUAGCUAAUAAAGCAAUUGAUAAUAAAUUUGUAAUUAGAAAAAAGGAACUCGUCCCAUCGAUCAUCAUUUAGCGGUAACACUAAUUAAAAUCCGCUUCUUUUCAUGUCUACCAAUAUUUAUCUUUUAUCUUUUGCUCUGUUUUUCUUAAUUUGGUUGAAUUGAAUCCUCAUAUAUGGAAUUGAACGAUGGAGAAAUUGAGCGGUUAGAGAGGGGUUUGUUGGUCGAACAUGAAGAAGAACCAGUAAUCUAUACGGCAUCGUUUGAGGAGAGAGAAGAUAAUUUCGUAAAGUAUCAAACAGUUCGAUGGGUAUUGUAUUCACUGUAUCUAUUAUUAGCUUGGGAAAAAGGCUAAUCAUGUUGAUUUAUUUGCCCAUUCGGAGAUACAUUUUACGCCGGGACAUCCGCUCCAGAAAACUUUAUCUCACUCCAAACGCCAUUGUAACAAGACUAGUUCCAUUUCCAUGUUUUGGGGAUUUGAAGGAGGAGAAAUAUGUUUUAUUGCCAUCAGUUGCUGACAUUGCAGUUGAACAAGGGUACCUACAGUCCCAUUGUGGGGUCUAUUCGAUAAGAAUUGAAAAUGUUGGUGUGAGAAGAUCUCCGAGUGAUGAUCUCCAAAUCCAAGGAAUAGCGGAUGCUCUUGAUUUCAGGAAGGUUGUUCUAACGCAACUAUCAAAUCUCAGAAGUAAAGCAUUCUCUAGACAAGCUUCAGCUGUUGAUGACACUUUGAAUUUGCAAAUUGGUCUUUCCUGUACUACUUUGAUGUCCCCAUCGAGACCCAUCAGCAUGAUUCAUUAUCUCAUUCUGGAGAUGCUGCAUUAUUACAGAAGCUGGAAGAAGUUGGAAGUUCCGUUAAAGAGGGUUCAAAAUCUGAUUGAAGAACACCACCUUCAAACCUCAGAACAUGCGGCAUAAGGUACACAUACAUGAAGCAUAUACUUCAGCAGCCAACUGUGUUCAUUAUUUUCAAUGAUUAUAUUACUUUUCUUUUAGCUGCACAAGCGCACAUUUGUUCAUUUCAGAUGCUUGGCAAAAUGAGUUAGGAUGUUUAACUACAAAAGCUGCAAUUUCAGUCUCUUCUCAUGAAGUGGGGUUUUCUUCCUCAUUUCAUACAACUUUUGGUUGUUAAACAUGGCUUCUUUAUAAUAAGAAUGCGUUGUUAAUAGUCUCUAGUCAACAUAGGUAGUGCUCUUGCUCAUUCCAGACUGUCUCAUCCAGAGUUUUGAUAAAUCGUUGCUGUGUUUAAUAUGGAAAUCUCUGUUGCGAUAAA